CUAACUUCCCAACUCUGUUCUUCUUUUUGGUCCAGUCCUGUCCAAUAUGGUGAAUGCAAAGGAUGUGCCAGAGAAUUUGGAGUGGAGUAUCAACGUGACUGAUGGGACAAAACAAGUGGUAGCAGUUCCAGAACUGAGGCUAGUUAAUAAGGUGUGGCUAGGAUCGAAGUCUGUAGUUGGAGGUUUGAUAUUGACAGUUUGGAGGUUUUUAGUGAAGGCAUGGAAUUUGGGAGUUGCUGAACCUAAAAAGGUUAUUCAUGCUGUCAAAGUUGGGUUGGCUCUUACUAUUGUGUCACUUUGUUACUAUAUAAGGUCUUUGUAUGAAGGUGUUGGAGGGAAUGCUAUGUGGGCGGUUAUGACAGUUGUAGUAGUUUUUGAAUCUUCCGUAGGUGCAACACUCUAUAAAAGCAUAAAUAGGGUAACAGCAACUUUUCUUGCUGGAUCACUUGGCUUGGGUGUGCAUUGGAUUUCUUACAAGGCAGGAGAAAAAUUUGAGCCAAUAAUUAUUGGAAUCUCAGUAUUCUUCUUAGCUUCGGCAGCAACCUUUUCUCGAUUUAUCCCAUCUGUCAAAUCCCGAUUCGAUUAUGGUGCUCUCAUAUUCAUCCUCACCUUCAGCUUAGUUUCAGUUUCUGGGUAUCGUGUGGACGGAAUAUCUGAGUUGGCUUUCCAAAGACUGUCCACCAUUUUCAUUGGGACCUCUUUUUGCAUUCUGAUUAGCAUUCUUUUCUAUCCCACCUGGGCUGGUGCUGAGCUUCACCGUUUGAUCUAUAGGAACCUUGAGAAGCUGGCUGAUUCCUUGGAUGGAUACGUUAUCGAGUACUUUGACUAUGAAGCUGUGGCUGAAGACUCCAAUCAUACUAAGGCAAUGAAAGGGUACAAGUAUGUGCUUGAUUCAAAGGCGACCGAAGACAAUUUGGCAAAAUUUGCAAGAUGGGAGCCUGCACACGGCUGUUUCAACUUCCAACAUCCAUGGAAACAAUACCUAAAGAUCGGGGCAUCAAUUCGUAGUUCUGCAUAUUGCAUUGAGGCUCUGAGUGGUUGCAUGGAUUCAGAAAUUCAGGCACCGGGAAUUGGGUACCUUAAGAAGCAUGUAAGCAAUGCCUGCAAGACAAUGAACAAAUUUUCUUCAGAUAUCUUAAGAGAACUGGCAAUAACACUAAAAACCAUGACAAAGUCAUCUCAGAUGGGUUCAUUGGUUCGGGAAAUGAACAUUGCAGUGCAGCAACUUCAAAUUUCUUUGAGAUCUAUACCUAACUGCCUCAUUGCUCCAACAUCAGAAGAUACUACCGAUGAACCCUCCAGAAAAACCUGCAUAACACCACUAGUGGAGGUCAUUCCACUGACCACUUUUGUGUCUUUGUUAAUAGAAAAUGCAGCAAGAAUCAAUGGGAUUGUUGAUGCAGUCAAUGAGCUAGCAGGCAUGGUUGAUAUGAAGCAUGGGAACUCAAACGCAAAAACAACACAGUAAUAAGUAUUAACUCUUCCUCAGCUACCCAAAACUGUAAAGGUUCUUCAAAAUCAUGGGUCUAUUUUAUCAUGUACAGUAAAGAAGCCUAUGUAUGACCAUAGCUCAUCUUCAUGGACAUUAUUGAAGAGCUUUCAAAUUCCUGACCACAAUCCGCUCAUUCCACUAGUUAUGCAUG